AUGAAAAAAUUUCUGAUCUGUUCAGCAGGGACCAACGACGAACCAGAGGGUCCUCCCAUGGUGCCUUUGGCUAGCGCUCGGGCCACCGAUACGGUUUUCCGAAAGCCGCUGCCCUUGGGUAAAAAAGCGACAAAGCGACGACAGCAGGAGAGGCCUAAGAGCGCAAGAUCUUUCUCGUCCGUUAAGAGCUUCCGGCUUACGCCAUUCGCCAAGAACUACGAUGAAAAUCGUGAAAAGGAGGAAAUCGCUGCUGAAAUUUUGGACUCGCUGCUCUCAUUCAUCCCAGAAGAAUUGCCGCCAGUCACUCGACCAUGGUCAGCAUCUACGGUCCGCACUGUUGUCAGUGAGAUGACGAUUCCAUCGCCAGUCGAGACUCCUCGGGAAAAUUCGGAGCCAAAGUCAAUCUGGCAAAAGAUCGCCGCCUGGCCAGUAUUGGGACUUAGAAAAGUGUCGCCCUCCGUCUGGGGCGAAGUGAGCCCACGAGACAACCUUCGAAUCUCCCCCUCUUCAGUCGGAUCUACUGAGCUCUAG